AUGAAGAAUAUGUAUGCCGAUUUGACAUCAAAGCUCCAACUCAUACUGAGCAAAGUGGACCAAUGUGCCAUUACCAUGGAUGGUUGGACGUCGAGGGCCAACGAUGGCUACCUCACAGUAACAGUACACUUCAUUAAUGAAUCAUUUGAGCUGAACGCUGCUGUUUUGUCAACAGAAAAAUUGAUAGACCCACUAAACCACAAUGCUGAAAAUAUAGCAGCAUCGGUUCGAAAUGUGCUCUCCAAAUGGAACUUAGAGUCAAAAGUAAACGCCAUAGUGACAGACAAUGCCAGCGCAAUGAUUAAGGCGUGCGAAAUUUUACAAAAGCGUCACCUUCCAUGCUUUGCUCACUGCCUCAACCUAGUGGUGCAAGAUUGCUUGGAGGAAAAUUCGAUUAAGCAUGUUUUGACCAAAUGCAAAAAAAUUGUAAAAUUUUUUAAAUGUAGCACUAUAGCCUACGAAAAAUUCAAGCAAGCUCAGGGUGACAAUGCAUACAGUCUGAUCCAAGAAGUAAGCACCAGAUGGAAUAGUGCUUUUAAAAUGGUGGAACGAAUAUUAGCCACAAAAGAGUUCAUAUCGCCCGUCCUCCUCAGCCUGUCAAGAGCACCUGAUCCACUGACCGCAGACGACAUUGAACUGUUGGAAGACAUUCAAACCAUUCUGGCACCAUUCGACUACGUCACAACACAGUGCUCGUCCAGCUCAAAGGUGACUAGCUCCUUAAUUGUUCCUCUGACGAAUGGCCUGGUUGAGGGCCUAAAUGAUCAGUUGGCAGGCUAA